AUGCGGUCUUCACAGGAAAUCGUCCAAGCGGGACGGCAAGCGUUCCCGUCACCUGACUUCAGUUCCAAAGGCGCCAUGGCCGCCGCUGUUGUCGAAGACAGCUGUGCGUUUGGAUCGACAAAAUACUUUUUGCUUUGCGGGCUAGGCGGCUUUUUGUCGUGCGGAAUAACUCACGCAAUGGUCACACCACUGGACUUAGUUAAAUGUCGCUUGCAAGUCGACCAAGCAAAAUACAAGAACGUUGUUCAUGGUUUCAAACUAACACUGAAAGAAGACGGUUUCAAGGGGUUGGCUAAAGGAUGGGCGCCGACUUUCCUAGGAUAUGCCGCUCAAGGCAUGUGCAAGUUUGGUUUGUAUGAAGUUUUCAAAGUCCGCUAUUCGGAGAUGAUAGGUGAAGAGAACUCAUACGUGUACAGAACCGCGUUGUACUUGGCUGCGUCUGCAUCUGCUGAAUUUUUCGCUGACAUCGCACUCAGUCCUAUGGAAUCUGCAAAAGUCCGUAUACAAACUCAACCAGGAUUCGCUAACACGUUGAGAGAAGCAUUACCAAAAAUUCACCAAUCUGAAGGAUUAAAUGGRUUUUACAAAAGUUUAGUGCCCCUAUGGAUGAGACAAAUCCCUUACACGAUGAUGAAAUUCGCAUGUUUUGAAAAGACUAUUGAAUUGCUGUACAAAUAUGUAGUGCCUAAGCCUAGAGCAGAUUGCACCAAGGGUGAACAAUUAAUUGUGACAUUUGGAGCUGGUUACAUUGCUGGUGUUUUCUGCGCUGUCGUUUCCCAUCCGGCAGACACGUUGGUGUCUAAAUUGAACCAAGCUAAGGGUGCCUCUGUUGGAGAUAUUGUUAAAAAAAUUGGAUUCAUGGGAUUAUGGCAAGGAUUGGGACCAAGGAUUGUAAUGGUGGGAACGUUGACGGCCGCUCAAUGGUUUAUCUAUGAUGCAGUUAAAGUCAUAUUCAGGUUACCYAGACCACCACCACCAGAAAUGCCAGAGUCUUUAAAGAAGAAAUUAGCAUUACAAUAAUAAUUUAAUUUAGAAACAACACUGGUGGUUGUAGAAAAUGUUAUAUUAUUUAAAAAAUAUAUUAUAUAUAAAUGUAGUUAUUCUAAAGUAAAUGUGUAUAAUUGUAUUAUGGUAGAGUGGUACUUAAACGUGAAUGUAUUAUUGCAAAAGAAAACAGUUUAGUAAUUUUGAAAUUUUGAAUUGGUUACAUAAGUAUAUAACGAGUUGUAUUCAUAAAUUAAACUACUCGCAAUCAAUCAAUUUUGUAACAUAUGCAUAGGUAUUAAAUUAAUUUUCCGAAAUUGAUAAAAAUACAUUUUUUUAUUUACUGUGCAUUUCUAUGUACAAAAUAUAAAUCUACUAGACUAUUCAGUAGUAUAACAGGAGCUAUUUAGGUACGGUGAAAUUCUGUCGUUGAAAACCAAUAGGUUUAAAUCAAGUUGGCCGUCAUUUUCGCCACGAUUUUUUUUUAAAUCACUUAAUCUAUAAAGGUACUUCAACCUCUAUUGCUUUUAUGAUAACGAUUUUACGGGUAUUUUGAUUUAAUGAAUUUUAAGUCGAUUUUUUAUAAUAACACGAUAUUUUAAUGAGAUGAUAUUGUAAAUGGUAUUGUUAUAAAAUUGUAAACAUCGUAAACACCUUAAACUAUCGUUAAUUUUUACUGGG